AUGUCAUCUGCUCAAGACGAGUUCAAUCAACUCAUAAACAACAAUCGGGAGAAAUUCUCUUCUCAUCCUGAGGACCGUGACAACGACUCGGUUCACUCCUCUGACGCAUCCUCGGACCACGACGAACCCCAAUUCUCGGACGCCGAAGACACUCCCUCUGCCAUGCACUCCCGCAACCCCAGCAGUUAUCGCGUCCCCAACACCGUGUUCGACGCCAACACUGGCCCCAAGGGUGUCAUCGCCGAUGCCCAGGCCUUUGAGCGUGCUCGCAAGAGCUCCUUUCGCAGAACCCUUCUCGGCGUCGCUGGUCUCGAUCGCUCCCACUACAACAAGUCCGUCAACGAUGACGCUACACUCCUCCAGAACUCCUCCCCACCAGAUGGAUCUUCCGCUAGCGAUGAUGAGGAACGGUUUCUUCACCAAUGGCGCGCGGCCCGCAUGCAGGAAAUGCAGGCCCGCAGCCUGAGGAAGCCUAGUCCGCGUCGCAAAUUGUACGGGUCUGUGGAUAUUGUCGAUGCGGUGGGAUACCUGGAUGCUAUUGAGAAGGUCACAUCCGGCACGGUAGUAGUCGUCUGCGUUUAUGACCCAGAGUCCACAACCAGCAGCAUUGUUGAAGACUCUCUCAACACCAUUGCUCGUCGUCAACCCACUGUUCACUUCGUCAAGCUCCACCACGAGAUCGCCGAGAUGGAUCACAUCGAAGCCCCCGCUCUGCUAGCAUACAAGGACGGCGAUGUCUUUGCUACGAUCGUCGAGAUCCUGAGACAGAUUCCCAAGGGUCGGAGCUGCAGCGCAGACAGUCUUGAAGACCUGCUCAGAUCAUACCGUAUCUUGUAA